AGAAAAAAAGAAAAACUUUUCCCUUUUUUUUUUCCACCUAUUGGAAACUUCCAAAAAUAUAGAGAGAAGAGAAAAAAACAGACAGCUGCCGUAGUAGACUUCUGAUGGGAUGAGAGUUUUUUUUUAAAGGUUUUACAAAUUGGAAAGGAAAGUAAUUUCGGUCUGAAUCUACCAGUCUCCUUCAAGAAUCUUCUUUGUCGUUGAACCACCGAGAGAUCUCACUUCCCGGCGAAUCGAUCGGCGGAGGAAACUGGUCGGUUUCGCUUCUCAGAUUGUUGAUUCCUGUGUGGUCGAUUGUAUAUGGAAUCGCCGGAGAUUAGUAGCGGAUACUGCGGCGGUGGCUCCGGUUCGGAUGAGGUGGCGUCGUUGGAGACGGCGGAGAAGAUAAUACUCCGUUGGGACUCGGCGGCGUCGGAAGAGGCGAGGGAGAAGAUGAUCUUCCAGAGUGAUCGGGAGGAGGUGGAUCGAUACCUCAGAGCCGUUGAUGAAAUUCAACGGUCCAUGUCCUCCGUCUCCGUCUUCGUCUCCUCCGCUGCUGCUGCAGCAGCAGAAGCCGAUGGCGCUUGCAGCAGCCAUGAGGUCAAAGCAAGCUCUGCCAUCCAAAUCGCCAUGGCUAGGCUCGAAGACGAAUUCCGUAAUAUCCUCCUCUCACAAGCGUCUAGUUUCGAGCCCGACUCUCAUCUUCUCGAUUUGUCCUCCUCAUCUCAUUCUUCGCGCGCUGAGCUCGGAGAAGACAGCAGCGUAAGUGGUGGUGAUUAUGCGGAAGAGGAAGAAUCAAAUCUGCCAGAUGGUUCGGGUUCGAGCCGGUUAUCCAGCAGAAGGAGCAGUAGCAGAUCCAUGAGCAGCAUACGCGAAAUCGAUCUGAUAUCGCCGGAGGCGGUUUCUGACCUGAGAUCGAUUGCGCAGCGGAUGGUAGCCGCUGAUUACCACCGCGAGUGCAUCCAGGUGUACGGAAACGUACGGAAAUCGGCCAUGGAUACUGUACUGAAGCAACUAGGGAUUGGGAAGUUGAGCAUCGGAGAUGUGCAGAGGCUCCGGUGGGAGGCUGUGGAAGGGAAGAUCCGGCGGUGGAUCCGUGCGGCGAAGGUCUGCGUUAGGGUCGUCUUCGCCAGCGAGAAGAGGCUCUGCGAACAGGUGUUUGAAGGCAUAGGCACGGCCAUGGACGAGACGUGCUUCAUGGAGACCGUCAAGAGCUCUGCUCUUCAGCUUUUCACUUUCCCCGAGGCCAUAAGUAUCAGCAGAAGAUCUCCUGAGAAGCUGUUCAAGAUUUUGGAUUUGCACGAUGCUUUGACUGACUUGUUGCCAGAUAUGGAAGCGAUCUUCGAUUACAAGUCGUCACCGGAUUCAAUUCCGGCUCAAGCCACGGAAAUUCUAUCGAGGCUGGCAGAAGCUGCGAGAGGCAUACUCUCCGAAUUUGAGAAUGCAGUUCUUCGUGAACCCUCCACAGUUCCAGUGCCUGGCGGAACUAUACAUCCUUUGACAAGGUAUGUGAUGAACUACAUCAACUAUAUCUCUGAUUACAAGGAAACUCUGGAUGAACUUAUCAUGUCGAAACCGUCUACUGGGUCGAGACAGUCAGAUGAUUCAAACAUGCCGGAUUUGGAUUUGACUGAAACAGAGGGUAAAUCUGCAUUAGCUUUGCAUCUGAUAUGGAUAAUCAUGAUCUUACAAUUCAACCUGGAAGAGAAAUCAAAGCACUACAGAGACACAGCUUUAGCCCACAUAUUCAUCAUGAACAAUGUACAUUACAUUGUCCAAAAGGGGAAAGGCUCACCAGAAUUAAGAGAACUGAUAGGAGACGAUCAUUUAAAGAAGCUUAUGGGGAUCUUCAGGCACGCAGCCACCAACUACGAGAGAGCCACAUGGGUAAGAGUGCUGAAUUGCCUGAGAGACGAAGGGUUACACGUGAGUGGAAGUUUCUCUUCGGGUGUCUCAAGAAGCGCAUUGAGGGAGAGGUUUAAAACCUUCAACGCCAUGUUUGAAGAGGUUCACAGAACUCAAUCCACAUGGUCGAUUCCAGAUGCGCAGCUAAGGGAGGAACUUAGGAUAUCUCUGUCGGAAAAGCUCAUCCCUGCGUACAGGUCGUUUCUUGGGCGGUAUAGGACGCAUAUAGAGAGUGGAAGACACCCGGAGAAUUAUUUGAAAUACUCGGUGGAAGAUCUAGAGAUGGCCGUGCUGGAUUUGUUCGAGGGAUAUUCUGCACCCCCGCACUUGAGGAGGCGGUCUCAGUGAAGGGGAGUAGGACAUCGAUUCUUUGAAAUUCUUUUCUCUCCUCCAUGGAGUGUUCGAUGCUGGUUGUCGGGUAGCAAUUGGAUCAAGAUAUGCUGAAUCCUCUCUACAUCUUCUUGGGCGGAGUGACCAGACAUAUCUGUUCUUUCUACCAGAGAACUCCUGCAAUGUAAGCAUAUUGUGUGUGCGUGUGUGUGUUGUUUUGUUGCAACAUUGCAUCAUCCUCGACGUUUGCUCCAUUUGUUGAUAAUUUGCUUGAUAUAUACUUCUUUGUAGUCUUGUUUUGCUAAUAAAUGGAAUAUUCACGUGGCAUUUUUCUGGGA